GCUGCCAGCUGUGAAAGUGGAAACCCUAAACUUCUACAUAGAAAUAGAAUUGCCAGCAAAUUUCAAGUAAGCGGCGCUUCCUGUCAAAUCGAAUGUCAUAGGCAUUUCCCUGAUACCUAUUCAGUUUCGUAUAUCUUCCGAGCAGGAUUACACACACUAAUAUUUGAAACAAAAAUUCCAAUCAAAAUGCCGCACAAAAAAUUUCCCAGAAUGUCACAGGCGCAGCUCAAACGUUUGAUUAAAUCACAAAAUCAGAACUUAGAGAAGGCCGCGUGUAUUUUAGAGCCACCGAAGAUUAUACAGCAGCCGUUGAUAGGGCAGCUCAUCAUAACGCCGAACGCUGCUUACGCCAAGAAGCAGCGGAAGACUGGGGCUCGUCCAAAUCCUGGACGAGCUGGCAAGGUGCCGAUGCAGGUGCUGGUGGAGCACGUGGAGCAGGAGGACCAUGUGGAACAGCAGAAUCCAUCCAUUCAAACCAUGCUUACCCAUCAGCAAGAAACAUCCAAGCAGGAGAAACCCAAUCAGCAGGACGAAGUUUUUUCCGAAAAGUGCCACGCCGUGCAGAUUCCGCAGCAGUAUUCAAGCGAAUUGGCCAAGGAGCAAGACGGUGCUCACUCGGUGGAUUUGAACGGUGGAAAUACCUCACUGAAAGAGGGUGCAUCUGGCUAUCAAACUGGAUGGUACUGGCAGUCUGGCAAUGUUUUGGGAGAAAGGCAGGAGUUGCCGGGAAUCAGCAGUGCAUCAUCCGCCUCGUUCAAUUGGCCCAGUCAAGCCGAUAAAAGCCAGGGCACCAGCGGAACCAACCAGUCUCCAUCCGACCCAUUCAGCAUGCAGAACCUAAAGAAGAUUGCCCAGGAUUUCUUCUCCUAUCCGGAGUGUUAUCCGCUGGCUGCUAGCGUGGACGGUACCGAAACCACGGAAGCUGAACCUGAGGAUGCGGGUGCAUUGAAUCUGUCGAUCGAUAACUUUUCUAUUUCAGAACCCUUGGAGACGGAAACCCAGCCGGUGCCCAACUCGUCACCGGUUGGCUCUGUCUUGGAUGCCAAUAGGUCGAACCAAUCUCAAUUGUCUGCGGAUGGAACGAUGCGUCGACAGCAGGAAUACCCGUUGGAGGAGGCAUUCAUGAGCAUUAUCCAAAAUCUCAGCGACACUUAUCCCGCCGACAACCAGUUGGAUUCGUCUUCAUAUUUCUCGAAUAUCCCAUAUGAUGGCUAUCAAUCGCAACCAGGUUACGGCAAUGAUCCCAAUUCCUAUUUCACCACUCAAUCGACGAUGACCGUGCCAUCGGCUUACAGCCGUCCUUCUCCUACUGGUUUUUCGAUGAACCAGCAGCCGGAAGUGGUGCCCAAAUAUAAUCAAUUGCAGCAGGCUCAAACGCCGAGUUAUCAUCAAUCGCCGGAUUACGAAACUUACCAGCGUCAAACGCAGCAGCAUUGGCCAGUCUAUCUUCCGGAAUAUGUUUCGCAAUUUAUGUUCGGUGAGCCACAGGACUCCAAUGCCAGGAAUCCAAAGUAGCUGCCGUCAUUCCAGUCAUUCAAGUCACGGUCACAUGAUGUACAAAACCCCGGAGGAAAACCGGAAUAGUGUAGCAUUUACCAUCCAUUCCAAUUCAUUCGAAGAAAAUUGAUAAUGUAACACAAGAACUAGUUCCGUGCUCCUAAUCAUCUUAUUUUUCAUCUAUGUAUUAAUAAA